AUAAUACAAGAUCAACUAAAAGUAGGAAUAUUUCCGGAUUUCACUGUAUACGACAUAAAUGUGCUUAGAUGUUUUUAUGAUAAAAUCAAAUCAAGAUCACAAGAAGUAAAAUUUGCGGUUGGAAUGAUUGUGGCACAUGGUGAUCAAUCUACAGAUAAUUCUACCGGCGUGAUAAUCGGAUGGCACCAUAUAAAUAAAAAUUUAAACAAAGAUAUAUCCCUCCAACAACAUUUCUCCAAAAACUGCUCGCACUUUGUUUCGCCGUCGAAGAUCUACAUUAAUUAUAGUGCUACAGAGCAACAGAUAUAUUACGCAAUUCUUAGUGACGGUAAUGAAAUAUGUUACGUGGAAGAAGAUAUAGAUGGAGUAUCCUAUGGCAUUCUUUCCGACUAG